UAUUUCGGAUGGAAGCUGCACAAACUGUUUCGUCCGAGGGCGGAUGAAGUUCACUUCCUACUCGGCUCUGUGGAAGGUGUUGUUCCGCCUUUCGGACUUCGUGUUCAGGAAUCACGUCUCAGCUAGGUCUUCAUGUUUCUGCGGAUGCAGAAUAAGAUUUUUAUGGUCCCAUUUAUUAGUUAGGAGCCUUGGUAAGGUGGAAGUUUUGCUCUCCACUUCACGUGGGCGGCAGAACCUGAAAUCCUUUCACAAAAAGAAGAUCUCUUUCUAAACGCGUAAACGUAUAUAAUCCCAGUCCAGGAUGCUCACCAGUAUGCAGUGCUUUCUCAUCAGUCAAGAUAAGCGACAUGAUCCAGUUCUUCUGCCUGAUGGUUUGACUGUAGUUCUAGGCAGGGGUCCAGAAACCCUUGUCACUGAUAAGAAAUGUUCCCGAACUCAAGUGGAGUUGCUGGCAAAUUAUGCCUACCGGUCAGUUCGAGUCACACAGCGAGGUAUAAAUCCCACAUCUGUGGAAGAAAUACACCUGCAUUGUGGAGACAGCACAACGCUCCAAGAAGGAGAGACUCUGUGCCUGGUAAAUGGACUAUAUCCUUAUUGCAUCCGCUUUGAGCAAGAUGACAACUCCACAAAGAAGAAACCACUGGAAUUCUUCUGCAGCAAGCAGAUUCAGCAGAAGACAGAAGAAGAUGGCAAGGCCCAUCCAGUCAAACGUCUCAAGGUUUCCUGUCCUUCUGAAGAAGAGGAUGAUGAUGACUCAUUUAUAACUGAGAAACUGAAGCAGUUACAAGAGACCGCAGCACAGGCACACUCUUCUCAGAAGCCUCUUUCAAAACUGACCCCCCAGCCCUGUGAUUCCUGGGAGGACCAAGGGAAGCUGCUGAUCUUCACCAAAAAAGGAAUAGUAUCAAGUACUAAAGUGGCAGGGUUUGAUCUGGAUGGAACCCUUAUCACAACACAAUCUGGAAAAGUGUUUCCUAUAAGUCCUGAUGACUGGAGGAUCCUGUACCCUGAAGUACCUCACAAGCUGAAGCAACUUCAGAGCGAAGGAUACAAGCUUGUGAUCUUUACCAAUCAACUGGGCAUUGGCCGUGGGCGUCUUAGGCCUGAAAUUUUCAAAGCUAAAGUAGAAGCUGUGAUUGAGCGGUUGGGUGUCCCGUUGCAGGUCUUUGUGGCAACCAGUUCAGGAAUAUACCGCAAACCUGUCCUUGGCAUGUGGGAUUAUCUGUGCAAAAAGGCAAAUGGUGGCUUAGAAGUGUCUUUGCAAGAAAGUGUCUAUGUAGGAGAUGCUGCUGGACGUCCAGCAAACUGGGCCCCUGGACAGAAGAAAAAAGAUUUUUCUUGCAGUGACCGUCUGUUUGCUUUGAAUGGUGGGCUUCCCUUCUACACUCCUGAAGAAUAUUUCCUGGGUUGGAAACAGGCACCGUUUGUACUCCCCGACUUUGAUCCUCGAGCAGUGGACCCUAAAGCUGAAUUGUAUGAUCCACCCAAUGCUUCCUUGAUCUCAUCCUCCUCAGAGGUGGUUGUAGCUGUUGGCUUCCCUGCUGCUGGCAAAUCAACUUUUUUGAAGAAACAUUUAGUCUCAGUUGGAUAUGUAUAUGUCAACCAGGACACCCUUGGUUCAUGGAAGAAAUGUGUGGCAUUGUGUGAAACAUCAUUGCAAGCAGGAAAGAGUGUAGUAGUGGAUAAUACCAACCCAGAACUGGAAUCGAGACGCAGGUACACUGAAUGUGCUAAGAAGGCCAGCGUUCCCUGUCGCUGCUUUCUUUUUACUGCCUCACUGGAACAAGCCAAGCAUAACAACAGAUUCCGAGAGAUGACAGAGAAAGAACAUGUGCCAGUCAACAACAUUGUAUUGAAUACCUAUAAGAGUAAGUAUGUGGAGCCAUCCCUUGAGGAGGGUUUCUCUGAAAUUCUCAAGAUUAAUUUUGUGCCUCAGUUUACAGACUCCAAAUUAGAAUCACUUUACCGACAGUUUUCAGAAGGAUGAACCAGCAACAUAAUAUUGAACAUGGUUGUUUUAUUGUCCUGCCUUUGCCAGAGAAGGCACACUUAUGGAGUGCCUAAGUUCUCUCUGCUGGUCAAACUUUGUAAUUGGCUGAAACUUUAAAAGGCAGAGACAUUCCUAUAAUGACUUUUUUCCACAAGAUAUCUGAAAUAAAAUUUUGCAAGUCAAA